UGUUGGACCCGCAGAGGUCUUUCGCCCCACAUUUAGCCUGUCAGGCAGCACUUAUUCUCAAGGCUGUGCACGGCGCAAACAAGUUUAGUUGAUUAAAUGGUUAUAUUUGGAUAACAGAUGGAUGAUAUUAAAAUAUAGGUUGUGGUUGUGGGGUUUACUUCUGCCAAUCCCAAGGAAGGAGGCAUGAUUUAUACGUAGCCUGGAAUGGAAGUAGGUCUGUUAGACAAAAAGCAGGGGAGAAUCACCCCUUAUUUCAACUGACAGCAAACCCGCCAAAUUCUAAAGCUGUUGAGUUGUGUUGAUUGUGUGUUGUUGUAGCUGAUUAUCUCAGUAAAGUGGUGAGAUAUAAACUCUGUCUACAUUGUAGUCGACAGUCCGCCAACUCGCCAUCGCUUAUAGGUAUCAGCAGGUCAUUUUAAGUGUUGUUGGUCUUCUAACUGUUGGCUUAAUUAACGUUUUUAGCAUUAGCGUUGUCAUGGUGAAGUUACAACAGCUAUAAUGUUAGCUAGCCUGACUAACUUAUCGCAUUCCAAGUAACCGUUAACGUCAACGGUUAACGUCAACGUUUACUAACUUUGAAUCAUUCUAAAUCUAAAUGGCCAUGUGGAGCGACGUUGAGCUUCUGACCAGCGAGGACACAAACACUGUCAGGUUGGGCAGUGUUGGGUCCAGAGAGGAGAAUGGCAGCGGCUUGUAUCAGGUGGACACAUUGGUCAAGAUCUCCACUGCCAAUGAGGUGCAGGCAGAUCCCAGUCUCUCCUCUUCCAGUGGUUCAAACUGGAGCAUUGUUGUUGCUGACAAGACAGUUAUCCUGUUUGAUCAGAGCUAUCAGACCAUCCUGCUGCUUCUUCACUUUGAAACUGACGUGGAUGCCUUUGAUGUAUGCCUGGAUGGACAGUUUCUGGUGGUCUGUGAAAGAAAUGGAAAUCUUCAUUUGAUCUAUGUUCCACACAAGAGAAUCCUUCUCACCAGGGCUUUGGUAGAGAAACCAUCCAGUGGAGAUAAAACAUACCGUUAUCUCACCAUAGAGGAGGACAAGACAUCCUUAGGGAUGUACCAUGUGUUCCUUCUCAUAAAGGAUGGGUUUUUCCACAUUACAAACCUUGCAUUGGCAAAGAUCGAGACAGCCAUUGAAAACAUAGAUCUGGGAGCUUUGAAAGAGCUCCAGUCGCUCAUCAAGAUAGACUUCUGCUCCACCGGUGAUUACCACGAUGAAGGCUGCAGCACAGCAGUGAUGUUCAAUCUGGGCCCAGAAAUCCACUUAAUGAUCGGGGGGGAGAAAGAACAUAUUGUGACUCACUGGACGAUGGACCCUCAUCAAGCCAAGAUGUGCCUUGCUAACUCUAUUAACAGCAGCUUAAUUCCAGGUGUGAGGAAGAUGGUGGUGGUGGACAAUCUCUUGUACAUUCUUGACACUGAGGAUGCCCUGAGUCUUUGGGACCUACAUUUCCUUGUCAUGAUUCACUGUUGGGAGGGUCCUGCCAUUCAUGACUUUGAACUCACCACAGAAUGUGGCUCUGCCUCCAUGGUGGCCCAAGACAAGGGCAGCGUGAAGAUGAUUACACUGACCAAGCAAGACAACAGUCAGAUCAACUCACUGCAAAUACGAUUUCUGCCCUCCAUGACUGUUUGCUACUCCCUGGAUGUCUCCUCAGUCUCCUGUCUGGUCCAGACCAAAAUAAACAUGGAUACAAUUUAUUUAGUUGAAGGGAUUUGUGAGAACCCAGAAAGUCGAGGAGAGCCUAUAUCUUCUGUUGUUGUCAGAUGCUUCACAGAGGCUUUGCCUGAGAACAGAUUUAGCAGACUUCUUCACAAACACAUGUUUGAGGAGGCUGAAAAGUUUGCCAUCACAUUUGAGCUGGAUUUAGAGCUUGUUUACAAGGUGAAGCUUGACUUUGUGCUGGAGCAGCUGGCCUCUGCAUCGGUGGGUGGCUAUGGACAGGAUGUGUGGUCUGAACUUGUGGAGGAGGCCAAGACCAACCUGAUGAAGAUCACAGAUGAGCAGUAUGUGGUGGAAUACUGCCUCAAGGCUCCGUGGCCGACCUUUGACACAGCAGAGAAGAUACUAAACCAUGCUGCCACACGAUACUCCUCCUUACAGAUCCAAGAGGCCUUGGCCAGGCUAGCAACGUUCUGCAGCCUGCACGGCCCGGAAAACUUCAAUGCCAUCGCCUGGAUUGAGUUUCUGAACAGCACUGACAAUUUAGGAGACAUCCUCAACCACCUAAGAGAGGGAGACAUGAAGGGUGCACAACUCCUUUGGCUCAGAUAUGAGGGACAUAUCGCAGCAGAGUUUGAUGAGAGCAAGCUUGAAGCCGUGCUCAGUGCCAUCCCAGAGGACCUGCCCUCCCGGGACCUCUGCCCGUGGUUUAGGACAGUUCUUGUUCCAUUUGUGAGGAGAGUGCUUCCAACAGGACAGAAAAUCCUGGCGCGAUGGCUGGAGCAGAGAGCUAGGAAUCUGGAGUUAACAGAAAAGGGUGCUUGGCCCCAGAAUGGGUUGGACUUGGCUGUGGUUGGACUGCCUUCUCUAUGGACAUGGAUGAAAUCUGAUGAUAAUUAUGGUGCAAACGAGGUGGAGAACCUCAAGUCCCUGGUGUCCAACCUCCGUCAGCUACUGGACCUCUACCGGAAAUACAACUGCAGGCUUUCACUUUCAGUCUUUGAGAAGGGAAAUGUACGGAGUGUUGCUUUCUUCAUGCUGGACAAAGUGCCGGCUCCAGAGCUGAUCCCCGCCACAGUGGAGAGCAGUAUCCUGCCAUACGCUGAAGAGCACAAGAUUCCUUUUGAUGAGCUUUUUCUACAGUACAUCAAGGAUCUGCUGGAGCGCUGCAGUUCUCAGACCACAACCCUUUUCACAGAAUGGGAAGCCAAAGCCGUGGCUGUGUUGGGCUGCAUGACUGAUACUGACCUGAUGGUGGAUGCUGUGCUGGAGAUCAUGCAGAAAGCUGUAGUGCCCUGGAGUAAUGUGGUAGAGAAACUGGUUCAGCAGUAUCUAGAGAUGGAUGGACCGAAACAAGAGCUUUUAAAGGAGAGUUACCGUCUGAUGGAGAUCAGGAAACUUCUCCGGGGCUAUGGGAUCCGCAAUUUCAACCUCUCUAACAGCACUCAAAUUAUGACGCUGAUCAGAUACAUCCUAAAGCAAGACAUGCCGAUGUCUUUAGAGGACUCCCUGACAUUAGCUGAGGCGUACAAACUGCCAACCUCGCAGAUAAAUCACUUGUAUUUCAUCCAGCUAAUUGGCCAAGGAAAGACUGAGGAAUGCAUGACUGUCCUGAAGAAGCUGUCCUCUGCAGAGGCAGAGUGUGUGAUUGAGCGUCUCACAGACUGGGCUCGGCUGCAGCUGGAAGACAAAGCCCACAUAUCUGAUGAGCACAAGAAACACCAGAUGGUCAUAGCUCAGGUGAUGGUGGACGCUCUGAAAUACCUGCAUAUAAUCCAAAAACAUGAUGCUCUGAAAAGCAUGGAGUGUGAAAACAACCUCAUCAUGUUCAAGGCGAUCGCCCACCUACAGGAGGACUUUGACGUUUUCUUCACCCCCUCCACCUAUGAGGAUCCAAACAUCAGAAAACAGAUCCAGGAGCAUCACAUCACAGCCUAUGAAAACACACAUGGCUGCCGUUCAUCUAAAGGGAAGGCUACGACAACUCCAGUUGUGGCUAAUGAUCCAGAUGGCAAGACCAAGACCAUCUCCACAGAGGCGGGCUUACGUCGUCUAGGAAGGCAGCUGCAGCGAACCGAGCAAGAGCUCUGGUCUGACUUGGCCCAGCGAGCUCUGGGAGUGGGCAAGGUGGACAAGGCCCUCAAGAUCCUCAGUGAGCUGUAUGAACACCACUAUAACACCAGCACAGGGAAGGUUUUGUUCACUGCUGCCAAGAUGUUAUGCCAGAUGCUGGAGGCAGACGUGCCCAUGGUGUUCCCUGAUGACAUGGACCUGCCAGCAGUCAUCCAUGAUCUGGCCUGCCAGGCUAUCACUGUGUGCCACUCGGAUCUGCUCCUGGACUGUCUGGAGCUUUGCAAGUGCACACGGAUAGCUAUGGAUGUCUAUCAUCAGUGUCAGUUAUCAGACAACUACGGCUUUUUAGCCAAGGAUUUGACCUUGGAGACAGAAAAAAAUCCACACUCUCAGUGGAGUUUUCAGGAUCUUUUUAGCGAAGACUGCAUUGUUCUGGACCCGGUGUCUGUGCUUCCAGUCCAAUAUGAAAUUACCAACUGCUUGCUGCCUGUUUCUCUGGAUACCAAACUGUACCCACUGGACUGCUCCUGUCUGUCACACUGCUCAUUUGAAGACGGUUCAAACUACCUGCAGCCCCUCCUGGGUCCCCUGACGAACAUGUUACAGAUGUUACAGGAGUGCAGUCAGCUGGAGCUGGCCCUCAGAGUGCUGGUCAACUCAUACGGCAGCUGCCUGCAGCACGUCACCUCUAACGUUAUGGACAUCAAGCUCAGUGUACAGCUUCAUGAUACCCAAGGGCUUAAGAAGUACAAUUUAUGCUUGAAUAAUCUUCAAAAGACAACGACUUCGUCUCUGAAUGCCGUUGCUGUGGCUCUCUUGAACAAGGUGUUCAACUGGAGGGUGGUUGAUUGUGAUUUGGCUAUUGGACUCUGUACGCUCCUCUCCAAAGCAGAAGUCUUAAAAGUUCUGUGGAAGGUUAUUGACAACACCUGGCAGAACUAUGACAAAAUCUUGGCUGUGGCCAGAAUCGGGGCCAAUCUCUGCUGCUUGUACGAUGAGGUAGAGGAACAAGAGAAGUUUCUCUCUGUCAUCACUGAUGCUGAAUGGGGCAUCAAGCUUGGCAAAUUGGAGAUAUCCAUCCAGCCAGUGUUCCGUCAGCGGCCUGAGAUGAAGAGUAGUUUGAUCCCUGAUCUGGUGAAAAACCAGAGGAUCACUCCAGACAUUAUCCUCCAGUACUGCAGCACCUUUGGUAUAGACCGCGACCGUGUGAUCAACCAGUACAUUACCACCUUACUGCUGCUCCAAGAGGACGAAGAAGGUGACCCAGGCGCAGGCCAGGAAGAGACGCAGCCUCGGCGUCAUGCAGACACACUGGAGCGAGUCUUGCAGAUUAUCCCGAUGUUACACAACACCAGCGAGCUCACCGACAGCCUCUGUGCUGCCAUAUUCAAGCUCAGCCCUUACAACUACGAGAGGAUCGAGGUAGUGCUGAAGAUCAUAGAGGCUGCAGAUGAGAAUGUGACGACCUUUUCUGUUAAUCAGGCAAUGGGCCUCCUUCAGCACCUGAAGUCCUACAAGCGGGUCUCUCCUUCCUCAGACGUGGAGAAGACGUAUCUUCUGGAAAACAGCCUGCUGCCAAACCACCUGUCCAACAGCAGGCUGCCCUUCCACCUGCUCAUGCAGACCAAACAUUACUGGAAGAUUAUAUCUCCUGAGCUCAGUGAGGAGACCUUCCCUACACUUCUUCUCAUUAGCAAACUGAUGAAGGUGAGCCUUGACAAGUUAUACAUGUCAGCAGUGAACCAUGUGUUUGAGAAGAAGCUGAAGCCUUUACUCUUAGAGCAGAGAAAAAAGGGUCAGGGUCAGUGCCACAAUAAUGAGACUUUCAAGGUGGCCAAGACCAUGAUGAAGUACAUCCACUGCAUCCAGAGCCCGGAGUGGGCUGCUGCCACAGCCCACAAGAUCACCCAGGAGCUGCCACCAGGCCAUGAGAAGACACAGUCUCUUAGGUUCUGUCUGGCUCUUGGCGAUGCCUGGCUGAAGGAUCCAAACCUUGAGGAAGCAGCGCGGGCCAGAGGAGAGACCUUUCUGUCCAAGCUGAAGCUGCAGUUCCAACGCUCUGCUACAGAGAACACCUUGAUAAGCAGCCAGCUGAACAGCCCGGAGCAUCUGAAACUAACUGGGCUGCCAGCCAGGCUCAUCGUGGCCCUGUAUGAGCACAGCGGUGUGGAGCAGCGCUACAGAGACUCAGGAGGUGAAAUUUAUCCUGAUAUUCAUGCAGUGGUUAAGGAAAUAGCCACCAUCAACAAUGUAGAUCUCCUGAAAAUCCGUAACAUGAUGUUGGAAAAAUGGAUCUGCAAAACUGGCCCUGCUGUCACCAAGGAUACUGGUAAUCAUGAAUGCGUCAGCAACAUCGAGGAGGACCCCGACUUAAUGAGGGUGGUGUACAUGCUGCACUCUUGCCCCAUGGAUGACGUUGUCCGUCUUCUAAACCCUAUCCUCUCUGCCAAAACCUGGCACCUCAGCACUUCUGGGCCUCGUCUGACCUUCUGCCAUCGGACUCGAGCACUGCUUUGUCUCGUCCGCCUCGCCGAUUCGGCCACUCUGGAGGCUCAGUUGCAGAUCCCCAGGGCCCAAAUACAAUAUUACCUGAAGUGCUACAUCUUUGUCUCUCAACUGGAGGCGUUAAACAUCCCGUACACGGUGCAGUCUUUCCUCAGUAGUCCCAAAGAGGGCUUGGUUAAAGGACUGUGGAAGAACCACAGUCAUGAGCCGCAGGCGGUGCGGUUGGUGGCAGACCUGUGUCUGGAGUAUCAGGUGUACGACCCUCAGCUGUGGAACAGUCUGCUUCAGAAGCUGCUGGGCUUCAACUUGAUCAGCCACCUCCAGAAAGUGCUAGAGGCGGUGGUGGCUGUGCCAGCUCUGUGGGAGAUUUCCAGUUUCUCCAGGACCUGGAGGAGUAUGAUACUGGCACCUUUUGUCUCAGCUUCUGUUCCCCUGAGUCCUGAUCAACAGGCAACACUCUACAGGACCUUUGUUCUCCUCCUCAAGUGCCCUUUCCUGUUGAAUCUGGACCUGAUAGGAAUUGCCAAUCGCUUCGCACAGUUCAAUCUGCCAGCCUUUGCCCUGGGAACUCUCCUUCUCAUCCCCUGUGCCAAUAAAAAGGCUCAGCAGAUCCAGGGCUUUCUGUCUGUGUGUAAUCCAGUCGCUGUCCUUGAGCAGGUGGAAGAGCUCAUGAACACCGGGGAGUUAGCUGGACUUCCCUCACAGAUCAGGGAGACUGUAUUGACUUUCAUCAGCCAAAAUGGACAGCACCAGAAACUGUUGAACACCAAACACUUCAAGAAUCUGAAGGAACUCAUUGUGUCGAGUGGCCAACCUAACCAGGUGAAAGACUUGGUGGAUUACCUGAUCAGCCAGAACUGUCAGGACGAUGCUGACUCGCUCGCUCGUGAGUACAUGAAACACCGAGAGCAACAAAGAGGGAAAACGCUGACAAACGGCUCAGCCUCACCGAGCUGCCUGAAGGAGAUUCUCAACAUGCAAAAUGGAGUUUCGGGAUGAUCUGACACUAUUUCUGCAUCUGUAUUUAUGUAUUCUUACUUGGUCUCUCUUGGGCUGAGAUGCAAUAUUUGCACUUAUCAUCUAUCUUUCAAUUGUUCAUGUAAUAUUUGAAUAAAUGCUUUUCAUUUUUGA